ACAAUUACUUCUUUAAUUUUCUUCUAUGUUAAAUGAGCUCAACGUUCAACGACCACCAUCAUCCCCACCAUCCAAAGAGAGAACCUAAUGACAACAACUCUAGCGCCGGCGUCGGAAUUAUUUAUCCUCCGUCACCGUCGCCGUCACCAUUGCUAAAGCUCAACAAAGACUCUCACGUUAUAAAAAAACCGCCGUCUCCGUCGUCAUCCUCCUCCACCGCCGCGAAGCCUCGCCAGCCAGUGAUCAUCUACACUAACACCCCCAAAAUUAUACACACUAAUCCAAAAGAUUUCAUGUCUCUCGUUCAAAAACUCACCGGAAUGUCCCGCUCCGACGUAGAUUCCGGCGGCACAACGGAUCGCGGAGGAAAAUCAAUCAACCAGAGCGUCUCUGAUCUCACCGUCGACAGAAAAAGCAACCGGAAUCGCUGCGGCGGUGGCCAUAACAGUUACAAUAGAAAUUAUUCCGGCGCCGGAGCCGGUAACGGAAAGGGAAUUUUUUUCAAUAACGCGACGAUCUGUGAAGAUAGUGAAUCGUCGUCGGUGAUCACAACAGAUGAGAACAUUGGAGGAGGAGAACAUGGACAGGUUAAUUCGUCUCUUCCGUAUUCGGCGGUGGCGGUGGCGGUGGCUAUUCCUCCACCGCUUCAUCCUCCUCCUCCGCCGUCGCCGCCACCGUCUCUUUCGAUGUACGAUACGGCAGGUAUUAACUACGGAGCUUAUUUCUCGACGUUUUCUAUUUUUCCACCGGCGGCGGAUAAUUUUCUUUGCGGGAAUCAGCCGUUUGCGAAUUUUGAUGAUCCGCUUUACUUCGCGCCUAAUACGAGGAGCUCCUUCUCUUCUUCUUCCUCUUCUGGGUUCGAUGGCUUGACGGAGUUUCGUGACUUUUAA